ACAACAAAGGAGGAGGAACGUCAGUGUGAUGGAGGCUGACCCCGAGGCGGGACGACUAGAUGGAGCACAAGAGAAACUCGUCAUGUUUGUUCGACUGAGCCCGACCGGAGUGGAACCAGCCGGGGAUCGUUGAGGGAACCGGAGGGGGAUGCAGAGCGCCACGAACGUAGCACGGCAGUGGAGGAGUCGCUAGCCUUGGCCACUAGCUGAAGGCCGGACGGCUUGAAGGCAAACGGCAGAGUCGUGGAAUGAUCCAACAGAUGAGAAGAAAGCAGGGUGAUAAACAUGUCAAGUGGAUGCAGAGAAAGGUUAUGAAGCGCGUCCGCACGGAGCAGAUCCAGUACGCCGUGACUCAGUACCUCAAGCGCAGGCAGUAUGUGGAUGUGGCCGACGGCUCCCUGAAAGCCACCAAACUCUUCCAGACGGCUGAGGAGAUGGCUGCCAGCCUCACCGUCCAGAGCGAGUCGGGGUGCGCCAACGUGGUGUCGGCGGCGCCGUGCCAGUCUGACCCGCAGCAAUACGAGUCGCAGUACGCCAGGCUGCGCUGCUUCCUGUCAGAAGCCGACAUCUCGUGGGCCAAGGAAGUGAGCGCGCUCCUGUACCCGCUCUUCGUCCACCUCCACCUGGACAUGGUGCGCUGCGGCCUCAAGUCGGCGGCGGACGGCUUUCACGCGCGCUUCCACGCCGCCUUCCUGCAGGACGCCGAUCAGCGGGCCACCGCCGAGCAGCUGCGCCACGUCCUCGGCGCCGCCGAUGCGGCGGCCAGCCCCCGCCUCGCCGCCUUCCUGGAGCACAAGUACGUGGUGCGCCUCAGCGAGGGCGCCCACGACUACCUGCUGCGCUACCUGCAGAGCGACGACAACGGCGCCAUCUGCAGGGUCCUCGCGGCGCACCUGCAGCUGGAGGUGAGCGCCUCCAAACGGACCGACUACCAGCUUUACGGGGCGGGGACGGCCCCGUCCGCCGGCGCCCCCGACUCCACCCGGGCGAGAGCGGACGGCGGCGAGGCGGCGGCGGCGGCGGCGGGCGAGCAGCAGAACCAGGCGGCCCUGGAGGCGCUGCGCGACUGCAUCAAGAAAGUCCGCGAGGGUCCGCCCUCGCUCACCACCGUGUGCUUCUACGCCUUCCGGCACACGGAGCAGCUGCUCAACACCGCCGAGGUGUCGCCCGACAGCCGCCUGCUGGCCGCCGGCUUCGACAACUCCGCCGUCAAGCUGUGGAGCCUCCGCGCCCGCAAACUCAAGGCCAAGCCGCACGUGAGCGAUGUGUCGCGGGUGCGCCUGGCCUGCGACGUCCUGGAGGAGGACAUGGACGAGGAGGACGCCUCGGGCAGCGAGAUCAAGAUGCUGCGCGGCCACAGCGGCCCCGUGUUCCGGACGGCCUUCCUGACGGACAGCUCGGGCCUGCUGUCCUGCUCGGAGGACACCAGCGUGCGCUACUGGGACCUGGGCAGCUUCACCAACACGGCGCUCUACCAGGGCCACGCCUACCCGGUGUGGGACGUGGACGUGAGCCCGUGCAGCCUCUACUUCGCCAGCGGCUCGCAGGACCGCAGCGCCCGCCUCUGGACCUUCUCGCGGGCGUACCCGCUGCGCGUCUACGCCGGGCACCUGGCCGACGUGGACUGCGUCCGCUUCCACCCCAACUCCAACUACCUGGCCACCGGCUCCAGCGACAAGACGGUGCGGCUGUGGAGCGCCCAGCAGGGGGCCUCGGUGCGCCUCUUCACCGGCCACCGCGGGCCCGUGCUGGCGCUGGCCUUCUCGCCCGACGGCAAGUACUUGGCCUCGGGCGGCGAGGACCAGCGCGUCAAGCUGUGGGACCUGGCCUCGGGGGCGCUCCUCAAGGACCUGCGGGGCCACUCGGACGCCGUCACCGGCCUGUCCUUCAGCCCCGACAGCGGCCUGGUGGCGUCCUCGUCCGCCGACAACACGGUGCGAAUGUGGGACGUGCGCGGCGCGCUGCCGCUGGCGGCGGGGGGGGUUUCUCUGUGA